AUGUCAAGUCUCCUUCACAAGGUCAAAGAUGCGGUGACUGGCCAUCACCACGAUUCCAAGGAGCAUCAUGACCAGGCUGGAAGUUCUAACUCUGGAAAGCAUGAAUCAGAUCCUGGCUAUGGAUCUAGACCCUCCGAUAAUUAUGGGUCCAAUACCGGCGACUACAGCACCGGCGACUACAGAUCUCACGAAUAUGGAUCGAAGACGGACGCGGGCAGCUAUGGAUCCAAUACUACCAGUUACGGCAAACCUAGCACCGGCAACUAUGGGUCUGGUGCUGGUGAGUACAGCUCUCGUCCUGGAGCGGGUCAUUAUGCAACAGGCACCGGUGAUCUUAGCUCUCAGGCAGGCCCUGGCGGCUAUGGUGGUUAUGAAUCUACCCAAGGCCGUUAUAGUUCAGGCACCGACUCUUACGGUUCCCCUGGUGCUGCACCCGGAGGCAGUAGCUACAACGCUCCUGAAUCCGGCAUUGGCCGGCACAGUGAAGGUGCCUAUGGCUAUGAUUCGAGCAAACUGGGAUCUCGUACCUCUGAGUCAGAUAACCGAUACUCUGCAGGCGGUACACAGCGUAAUCAAUGGUAA